AUGUUAGACUGCGAGUCUGGACACAAGUGGUCGGGCGAACAGGUGUACGAAUCGGCACUGAAUUUGGCCUAUUAUUUGAUAACAGAAUGUCUGCUAAAACCGGGAGAUAUUGUCUGCUUUCUGGUGCCCGACAGCGCCAUACAUGCCGUCGCUAUGCUGGGAGUGAUGGCAGCCGGCGGUGUCUACUGUUCCCUACCAUCCCAUUCCUCUUAUCGUGAAAUCGAUGAGGUGUUGACCAGAAUAGAGCCGGAAUUCCUAGUGACCGAUGCUUACAACUACGGUAUCAGUGCUGUAAUCACCACUGAAAUGAUCUCGAUUAAAAAACUGUUAGUAUUAGACGAGAAGUCUGCGACAGAACUGAACACAAACUUUGAUAUAAUUGAGAAUAUCUUUCAAUACGAGCGCCAAUUCCUUCCGCUGCCACUCGAGGGCUCACUUCAUGAUACCUGUGCUCUACUGAUUGCCAACACAAGUGAUGGCAGUACUAAAGCCGUGAUCCGCACCAAUCGUAAUCUGAUCGCCGCAUCCAAAGCCUUACAAAACAGCGAAUCGACACUUUUGGACGCAACCGAUGAUGUGGUGCUCAUCACUGGCCUGUACUCCGGGUCGGGUCUCAACCUAUUCCUCCACACCAUCACUAAGGGCUCAACACUCGCUAUCUUUGCUGCAAAUGAUACGUCAAAUGAUAGGCUUUUGAAUUGCAUUCAACAGAAUCGCAUUACCAGUGCUUUACUGACAACAUCUCAACUUCAUAUAUGCAUUGAACACAAAGAAUCGGUUAAUAGCUUAAGGGAUGUCUGGUUUGUGGGCACAGCCAUCUCAGAAAAGACACAUAAAAUAGUGAUCGAGUUGUUUAAAAAUUUUAGAAAAUUGUUUAUAACCUCAGAGGCCGGUUGGGUCACCACAGAGUACUUGAGUGAAGCAAAUACUAAACCCAACCAUAAGACCAUUGGCCGACCGGUAGCCGGGGUUGAGAUGAAAGUAGUGGACAGUAACGGUCGGUCAGUGCCUCACAACACGGUGGGAGAGCUAUGUAUCCGCAGUCAUCAGUGCUCACCGGGGUAUCUGAAUAAUGAGGUGGAAAGUGAGCAGAUUUUUUGGACAGACGGCUUUGUGAGAAGUGGUGAAUACGGCUAUUAUGACGGCUUUGGUCUCUUUUAUAUCGUCGGCCACUCCGAGGAGUUUGUCAAAGUCGACGAUUUCAUGGUCUCAACCGAGGAGUUGGUGUCAGUCCUACUGAGCCAUAGGUCGGUGACGGAGGCGGCCGUGAUUUGUGCCGAAGACCACAACGGAUCUGAAUAUCCGAAAGCAUUUGUGUCAAUGAGAAAAGAUUUUGAGCACAAGUCGGCCGAUGAACCAAUUGAACAGAUUUUGGUUAAUUUCGUUAAUCUAAGAGUCGAUCCGCGAAAAUGGUUGCGAAGGGACGGCAUCGAGAUAUUGAAAGACUCACCGCAUCCUUAUGUCAGACGGAUGUCCAUUAAGAGAGAGUUAGAGACCUUUCUAUAG